AUGAAAUUGAACGUCACAAAUGUCCUCUUCUAUGCGCCCUUGGGUGCUGUUACGGCUCAAAUCCCUGCUCGCAAUCCAGUGAGCGUGGGUCCGCCACUCGAGUUGAUGCACCUCUAUUUUGACGAAUGGCCGACACGGGUAGCUGUCUCUGCCUCUGGACGCAUGUUUUCCUGCUAUCCUUUGGGGCUUGACUACACCAAUACGAGAUACCAGGUCGCCGAGCUUGGCUCGAACAACACCGAAAUCCCUUUUCCCAGCGCACAGGUCAAUUCUCCCCCAGGAGGAGCAGUCAACUAUUCAACAUAUCCGCCCACCACAAAAGGUCUUUUGGACUAUCUGAUGUCUGUCCAAAGUGUGGCUGUCGACCCCAAAGAUCAUUUGUGGAUAUUGGACACUGGCCGAGCCCUCCUCAGCAACGGCACACUGACCACCUCUAACCUUGGCGGUCCUAAACUGACUGGCGGAUCAUGGCCUCAUCUGGAAAACAUUCCCCAGGUCCGUGCUGAGCCAGGCUUCUACGUCAACGUUCGGGGCGACUCUGUAUAUAUGAACGCAGGUAGCGGGAUGCCUAUUUCCAAGGUUGCAUUUGGUGCAGACGGAAUCACUCUAUCCAACGACGGCGAUGUCUUGAGGGCAUCGUCUGAACUGUUUGCCGCGGCAUCGGUAAUGGACCUCGGCCAGAAGGGUGUGAGUGACGGACUGGACAGUGAUUCAAACGGUAUAGUCUACGCUGGAAGUGUUGAAACCGAUUCUAACGUCACUUUCAACCAUCAAAAUGGGACAGUCCAGACGUACGUGAGAGAUCCGCGGAUCGGCUGGACGGACACCUUUUCUGUGGCCGGGAACUAUUUGUACUUUACGGAGAAUCAGCUUUGGCGAGGGGCAUCGUACCAAAGUGGCAUCGACAUGCGGGUCAAGCCUUAUGCUUCGUACCGAGUGCCUCUGUUGAACAAUGCGACCAAGAUACAACUUGUAUAG